CCGAAGCCAGAGGCCCGUGUCCAGCCCCUCCGCUCUGCAUCUCCUUCCCCGGCUCCGGCCAACCACCGGAGGAAUCAGGAACCGGCCGAAGUGAAAACCAAUGGAGGAUGGGGUGUGCCAUGUGCGAGUGUCUCCGAUCCGCUGCCCCUGCAACCGAAAGAAAGCAUAGCUCUUGGACAGAGUCUUACUUUCAGCGCUGCAAAAGGAUAUUAGUGCUUGUAAAUUUUAAUUGGUAGGAAUAAGCUGGAGAGGAGUUCGAUCUACCGUGGAGAACAAAAUGGAGAAAGGAUGGUAAAACAAAAGUGCACGAAGAGAAAUAAAAGUGCAGCGCCGUUAGGGUGAGUUCCAGGGGCAACGACGCGUGUUAACGUUGAAGAAUGCUCCUGCACCGUCGUUGUUUAAUGUGCUAUAAAUAAAGGUGGUCAGAGUCUCCCAGCGCAGGCUGCCGAGUUCCCCCAAUUCAAGAAACGUCUCCUCUCUCCCUCCCUCUUCAUCAGUUCAUUCAGCGGCCUCCCCCCGCUUCUCUCCUUCACCAUUCUUGCCAUGGCUCUGGAUUCUGUUCCUACCUAUCUCAGCGACUUGGGAUCAUCCCACAGGGCUGUCAGAACCCAGCAGCAAAGGAUCAGGAAAGAUGAGCGCACCUGGACCUCGGACACUUACGCUCCGUAUGACGACGGGCACCAGUGGAGGAAGUACGGCGAGAAGAAGCUCUCCAACUCCAACUUCCCAAGGGGAAGGAGGACAUAUCAAACUGCCAAGUUGUCUACUAGUCACUCUGCGGCUGCGGUAGAAUUGUCGGUGGACAGGUUCUAUUACAGAUGCACCUACAAGAACGACAUGAAGUGCCCUGCCACAAAGCAAGUCCAACAGAAGGACACCACCGAUCCGCCAUUGUUUUCCGUCACUUACUUCAACCAUCACACCUGCAUCACCAGCUCAAAUCCCAAGGGAUGCACGAGAGAUAUUGCUGCGCAAUCGUCCUCGAGGAAGGCGGUAUCAAUCUGCUUCAGCCCGCACACAGCCAGUGAGCAGCCCACAUUCCUGACAUCCUCAGCGAUGCCACAGUCCCCGAAUGUACAUUCUUUCAGAGCCAAUCAACAACCAGAGAGGAGCCCCUAUGCAAGCCAGUUUCAGUGGACAGACACAUCGUGUCCUGUAAGUAACAGUCAGGUUCAGAUGGAGGUUGACAGUUUUUCAGCAGCAAGCACGGCGUCCAGCAGCUCAGGUGCUCUUCCGAGGACGUUGCUGCCGAUCGGUCAGUCUAGAUGUAUCGAGUACUUCCAUUUCCUGUGAUGCUGAUCAUGGAAGAAGAUGCUGUUAGGCCGGUUGGUGUCAGUUUGGAGCGUCAAGCGCUCGGAGGCCUGAAUCACUGGGACCAACCUACAGACAGAUCCCCAUAUAGAUAUUACAGCCCUGCUGUUUACUUCUUUACACUCAUAUUCAAGCCAUGUUUUUGUGCUUGAAUGAUGUGGAGAGUGGUAUUUUAUUUGAUAGUACAUGAUACAGAAAAGGGUUGUUGAGGUAGCUUUAGUUGUUUGUUGAUGGGACAGUAUGUCUCGAAUUUCCUGAAUCCUGACAGCAGAAUCGCUCGAGCAUUCUGCUACUACUGAAAUACUGAAGGUUACAGAUUCUACACAGUAACAGUUUUACUAAGAUGUCUUGAGUUUUAGAAGAAGCAAGUUGGAUUCUCUAUCAUCAGGAGAAAAUGCAGCUUAGUUUAUGCCUGGAUACUGUGUAGUUCAAAUUUUAACAUAAUAAUCGUCAGAAUUUGUUCAAA